CUAGUUAAGUAACAACAACCGGAAAUUACAAGGAGAUACUUUUCACUUAUCUCUUAAUUUUGGACCAAUUAAUCCGAUUGCACGUCCUCAAGUCAGACAAGUUAUAUUCUACUUCCUUGUCAGGCCCUAGGCCUAACUAUAGAGUUGCACAUUUUGUCUGAGUUCGAUAAUCUACCAAUCAGAAUCGAUUUUUAACUUUUAAACAUGCGCUUCGGAUAUAAAAGAUAGCACAACGCUUUUAGAUGACCAUUUUGCGGACGACUUAGAAAGAUGUUCUAAACAUCUACUUUCUAGCCCGCAUCUGUUUUGCAGAAAAUGAAUUUUAAGUGAUGUAGUUUGCGAUUUGCGAAUAAACAUAUAACGGAAUAAACAACUUUUUCGCAGCGUUCAUUAUGUCACCUUACGGCGACAGAAUGUUGCUGCUUUUAUUAAUAACUUUCUGGGAUACGGCGGCCGCAACGGACUGCUCGAUUUAUAAUUCCGCCGGCAAAUUUGAAAUUGCGGACAAUAGGGAAUGCACAUUAUCGUCGGAUCUGUCCGCUCAAACAGUAACGGUUUAUGGAAAGGUAAAAAUAACGUCGGCAAGUUUAGUGACUAUUCAGGCUACAACAAUUGACAUUAAGCCUGGUGCUAAAAUAUCCGCCGACGCCGUCGCCGGUAGCGGACCUGGACAGGGCAAUAGUCAAGGAUCUGGAGGUGGCUAUGGAGGCCGUGGUGGCAGUCCAGCCAGCAGAUUCUUGACUAGCUCUGAAUCUGUCGCAUAUGGGAGUGCAACCGACCCACGCAGAGCAGGAAGUCCAGGCGGGGGCUCGAACAAAGGCUAUGGUGGAGGUGCCAUACUUCUCAACGCUACUGGUAAUAUUGAAAUCAAUGGUAUUUUGUCGGCCAAUGGCGGUGAUGCCUCUGGGAACCUCGGAGGCGGAGGUAGCGGUGGAAGUAUAUACCUAGAUGCCAGUAUUAUUCAGGGUUCUGGUGUGAUUACCGCACGCGGUGGAAAUGGCUUUGGCAAUGGCGGCGGUGGGAGUGGGGGCAGAAUAAUUCUUAAACAUGGAACUUUGGCGUCAACGGUUGAACUUUUUGCUGAUGGUGGACUUGGUGGGAACACGGAAACUUUGCUACAACAUACCUCUACGAGUGCAAGUUCGAGCGAGAGAUACUAUCCUGCUUCGUAUGGAUAUAUCGGCAACCAUGCAUCACGUCUAUGGCGCCCUGUCCAGAGCGCGUAUUCCGGUGCCUAUCUUGAGAUGACGCUAAAUGCCAACUAUUACGUUACGGCUAUACAAACUAAAGGAGGGUCAAGCUACUACGUUAAAUCGUAUACUGUCCGGUACUAUAAUACCACAGCUGCUGCAUGGCAAAGCAUUGGAGAUGAAAAUUAUGUAUUCGGUAGCAACACAAAUGCAGUUACAAAAGUCAAACUGCCGAGACCUGUGUACACAUCUAGAAUACGACUGUAUCCAAAAUCUUGGAGCUCUGGCAUUGAGUUGGCAUUUAGAGUGUACGGUUAUUCCAAAGUGCCUGUCACAGUUCCAGCUGGAAUAUGCUCCCCAGCAACCGAAGGGGGUCCGGGUGGUCCGGGAACGAUCUUUUUUAUGAAGACAAACAGUCCUUCGACACUGGUUGUAAAUAACUUUGGAAAGAGCCCGUACAUAGGGAUGGAUGACAGUUGCCAAAAUAUGGAUGUUUUGACUCAAGGUGCAGCCGCAUAUCUUUUUGACACAGUACGAGAUCUAGAAGACUUGGUGAUUUACGAUGGCUCACAUGUGGUGUUUGAAGCAAACCAGGUGGUCACUAAUAUUCUUGGAGACGGGCGAUCAAUGAUACAUAUCCUAAAAGAUACUACUGUAGAUAUAAACGGUAAAAUGACAACAGGUGCUGAUGUAAAAGCCGGUUCGGCGAUCCGAUUCUCUGCAACACCGACAGUAGAAAUUGUCAGUAUGGUCAAUGUAAGUGGGUCUUUUGAUCUUAUUUACCCAGAUAAGCAGUCUCUGGUCCUUGAAAGUGCAGCUUCCGUGACAAUCAACUCAACUUCAACAACACGUAUUAAUUGUACAAAACUGGAAGUAAAAACAAAUGCAGAACUCAAUAUUUUAAAGGAUAAUGAAGUUUUUCACCUUGAAACAACCGAAUUUAAAAUUGACGGCAGAUUUUUGGCUAAUGAAUUAAAGAUAUAUGAUGUUAUUAAGAAAUUCGUUGUUGGUAUCAAUGGCGUGGUGGACUUUGACCCGGUAGGUUCCGAUAUGUACCUGGGCCCAUACAUCGAUAUUAGAGGUGAUGUGACCUUAAAGAAGCAUAUUUCAGUUGUUCAGCCUUGCACUCAUUUUCUUCUAGAAGGGGGCAAACUAACUUGGCCUAAAACGUCCGACAUAAUUAAACUUGGAUGUUCGAUUGUUAAAAUAAACAACGUUUUUAGUCCUGGAACCGUAUCAUUUGAAGCAGGAGUGGGACAAUUAGUUGUUGGAUCUUCAGGAACAUUUACAUUCAAGGCAGACGGUCCUAUCCGUGUAAACUCAGUUUCUAUCGCGGGAAAAAUGAUCGUGGAAAAUAUUGCCACUUUUGAAUCACACAUUUCUCCUGAUAAGCGCAUUACAGAAUUUGAGAUACAUAGCCCUAACGGAUUCUUGCACUUAAAUCAAAAACACUUACCAGCGCAAAUAGACUCGAAAAUAAUAAAUCAGCCAUGCAAUAUUUUAAAAGUAAAAUCAUUGACGGUGGACAAAACCUUCUACGCUGAUAAACUUAGCUUGCAUUCAGGCAUAGAUGAUCUGUCUAUGUUUAAUGACGGAUAUUGGAGGUUCUCAGUAUGCGAUACUUUCCGUAUAAACAAGAUUAACAGUAGUGGUACGAUAAUAUCUACAGCUGACCGUUUGAUAGUAGAGGCUACAACAAUUGAUAUAAAGGCUGGCGGUAAAGUGUCUGCUGAUGGUGUGGCUACUACUGGUCCUGGAACUGGUAACAAUCUUGGAUCUGGAGGCGGCUAUGGGGGUCGUGGAGGAAGUCCUGCCGGCUCAUUCCUAACAAAUACCGAUUCCAUGGCUUAUGGAAGUUUUGUAGAACCACUUGAUCACGGCAGUCCAGGUGGUGGAGUAUAUGGUGGCAAAGGCGGUGGUGCUAUUUUACUUAACGCAACCGGCUACAUAGAAAUCAAUGGCAUUUUGUCGGCAAAUGGGGGAGAUGCAACUGGGUCUGAUAGUGGAGGUGGCAGCGGUGGUAGUAUUUAUAUAGAUGCUAAUACAAUCCGAGGUUCUGGUGUGAUUUAUGCCCGAGGUGGAGAUGGUUCAGGUGAAGGAGGAGGUGGAGGUGGUGGGAGAAUAACCCUUAAACAUACAUCUUUCUCGUCUACUUUGGAAGCAUUUACCGACGGUGGACUUGGUGGGGCAGCUGAAGUUGCACUCGGUCAUUCAUCAAUGGAUGGCAGUUCCCAACAUUCCUCAUACCCGUUACCAUACGGAUACCUGGGCACACAUUCUUCCCGCUCUUGGCGUCCAAGGUCGCAGGCUGAUGCUUAUCUGGAACUGGUGUUAAGCACGCAGUACUAUGUGACGUCACUGGAAACACGCGGAGGACCUGCUUCAAACUACUACGUCAAAUCCUACACUGUCAGAUUCUAUAAUUCUACAUCUCACACUUGGCAAAGUAUUGGAGAUGAAAAUUACAUUUUCAUAGGGAAUGUAAAUGGUGGAGGCAUCGUUAAAAACAGGCUUCCUAGACCUCUUUACACAAAUAGAAUUCGCAUAUAUCCAGAGUCGUUCAACGGUGGAAUAGAACUUGCUUUCAGAGCAUUCGGGUAUGCUCGAGGAGCCGCUUCUCUGGUUCCAACGGGAAUAUGCAAGCCGGCAUCAAAAGGCGGCCCUGGUGGUCCAGGCACCCUAUAUUACCUGAAGAAGAACUCCGCAUCUACUGUCGUAAUAGAUAAUAUCGGAAAGAACACGUAUGUUAAACUGGAUGCCGACUGCAAAAGAAUGGACGUAUUAUCACAAGGUGGAGCUGCUUUCAUUCUUGACCACGGAGCCAAUCUUGCAUAUAUCAUAAUCAAUGAUGGGUCACAUGUUGUCGUUGCCUCAGAUCAUACUUUGAAACAUGUAUAUGGAGACGGAAGAUCCAUGAUCCAUGUGGUAUAUAACACUACACUGAAUAUUGAUGGUGACAUGACUGCGCAUGCGCACAUUCAUAAGGGAUCUUCGAUGAAUUUCAACGCAGAUCUUUUAUCAGGUUUUGUCAGUUCAAUUUACGUCAGCGGGUCAAUAAAUCUUACAAAACCCAUUAAUCAAUCCUUGAUACUUGCUGAGCCAGCGUCCGUUACGAUUGAUUCUGUCUCCAUGACUCGAAUACACUGUCUGAAAAUGGAAAUUCGAGAAAAGGCUGAACUAAAUAUCAUGAAUGAAAACGAAACUUUUCAUUUGGAAACCACUGAGAUAAAAGCCAAUGGAAAAUUUUUCGCCCAUGAGUUGAAAAUAUAUGAUGUUAUUGAAAGAUUCAUCGUUGGAAGCAAAGGUGUAGUGGAUUUUGACCCAGUAAGUUCCGAUAUGUAUAUCGGUGCUUAUAUAGAUAUUCGUGGUAAAGUGACUUUAAAGAAGUACGUAUCAAUUGUCUAUCCUUGCAAUCAGUUUCUAUUAGAGAGAGGUACGCUAACAUGGCCUGCAACCUCCGAUAUUAUUACAAUGGAAUGCGCAAUAGUAAAAAUCAAUAGCGCAUUUAGUCCUGGAAUAAUUUCAUUCGGAGCUGGAGUGAACCAGUUCACCAUUGGUCAGUUCGGUUCUUUCUCGUUUAUAGCAGAUGGUCCAGUCUUGGUAAAUACCGUUUCUAUAGCUGGUAAAAUGUUCGUUAGAAAUAUCGCCUCUUUAGAGUCACACACAUCAACCGACCGGCGAAUUGGAAACUUUCAUAUUCAUAGCCCUGGUGGACUUGUGCAACUAAGUUUUGAGAAUUUAGCCUCUCGUACAAACGCAACAGCGACAAAUCAAAGAUGCAGUAUUCUUAAAGCUAAAUCGUUAACGAUAGACAAAAUAUUUAAUGCUAGAGAUCUUGAUAUUGAUGCUGGAAUCGAUGAUAUUUCCGUUAAUACAUAUGGAUCCUGGUCAUUUGGGCCACGUGAUACUUUCAAAGUGAACGAAUUGUAUGUUAAUGGCACGGUAACUUCAGCUUAUCCGCUGACCCUUGUUGGCAAACAUGUGCAUAAAGUUCAUACCAUCCAUAUUGAUGUUGGUGGUACAGUAACUCUCAACUCUAAUGCUCAAAGUACACGUGCGUGGACAAGCGAGUCUACUAUCGGAGUUCAUGAUUUUACCAUCGACGGAACCCUUAAAGCUGGAUUGCUAAAAAAUUAUAUCAACAACACUGAUGGCUGGGACAGGUUAAACGUUAAUCAAAAAGGAUCGUUUUUUUCCCAAGCGCACGGACAGAUGAUGAUUGACUAUUUAUACGUGGAUGGUCACUUCGAAUCAUACAGAACUGUACGUAUGAACGGUAGUGAUACCGAUCUUAUCAUCCACGUCGGUUCACAUGGCAACAUGGUAUUUGACUCAUUGGUAACGUCUAAAUGGGAAGAAGAAUCUGACGUACAGUGUUCUAGGAUACAGAUGGAUUCUGGGUCUACCUGGCAAUCGAGGAAUACAAGAUGGACAGUACAGGAAGCUGUAAUCAGUGGAAAAUUAUAUUCAUAUCCUUCGUCAGAUGCGCUUAUCGUCUUCUUUACCAUACGAAACGGCGGCCUUGUCGAUUUUUCUCGCACGUCAGUCAUCAAAGGAAAUGACGUUAGCGUAGAUGCAGGUGGGACGUUUGAUAUUGAAUACCAACAUGUGCCGGUAAAUACUAGCGAAGGAUUGGGAGAAUCAAAACUGUUAUACAAGACUGUCAUCGUCAGCGGUACUUUGAAAGCAGGCUCCGUAUAUAUUGGCCAUCUGGGUAAUGGGGUGCACUUUCUUGAGAACAUAACUAUUUCUGGAACUGUUGAUGUCAGUGGCGGCGGAUAUAUCUACGACAGAGGACCAGGAAAGGGACAGAUUAAUACACAAGGAGCCAGUGGAGCCUCACAUGGCGGGCGCGGGGGUCGAGGAUAUAGUGGCAUGAGAGCACUACAAUCAUAUGGCUACAUCUUUACAAACAGCUCAUGGGGAUCUGGAGGUGGAAGUCACUCGCCAUUUGGGAAAAGUGGAGGACGCGGUGGUGGUUACGUAUACAUUGACGUUAGACAGAAUAUAAAGAUCAGUGGCAACAUAAAAGCAAACGGUCUAGAUGCUUUAUCGCCAUUUGCUGGUGGUGGUAGUGGAGGGGAUAUUUCCAUACACAGUGACAAAUCGUUUGAACUUACCGGCCAUCUUUACUGCAACGGCGGUAAAUCGUUAGGAAAAGGAGGAGGUGGUGCCGGCGGAAGAAUACAUGCUUACUUUAAAACUGCCAAUUAUUACAGUGGAUAUGUGCAAGCAAAAGGUGGCAGUUCCGGCUCUGGAGAAGAUGGUGGACCAGGGAUGUCAUAUUUUCAAGGAGAUACGAUAAGAAAUCUGCGGGUUGACAAUGGCUGUCAACAACCAAAGACGACAGAACCGACAGGAAGUGUUGCUGGUGCCACAGAAUUUGAUGUAUAUCGUGAAACAGGUGCCAUUGCAUACUUGCGACCCCCAUCUGAUAACUUUACGUUUGAUUUUACCCAUGUGGAACUGUAUGGUGGUGCUCAUCUGACUAUGAAUGGUACUGGCACUGUUCUUAAGACUGAAGUUAUGUAUGGAGAUGAUACAGGUCACCUACAUAUCGGGCCGGGACAUAUGUUUCACUUAACGAAGGUUGCAAGAUACGAACGCGCUAAUGUUACAUACGAAGUGUUCCUGUACGAAGAUGCUACAUGGAUCACUCCAGAGGCAACCCUCGAGUUUCGGCAGGUUUUAGAUCAAAGAGGUUUAGGCAUGCCAACACAAGCCACCUCAUGUCCAGCGAAUCAGUUAAGGUCUACUUCCGGCAGAUUCUGGGGACCGAUAGAAGGAACAAAAACUCAUGUUCUUGUCUCUACUGGUGGUAACAUUAUACUUGGUCUUGCUGGUAUCCGUGAAAACAAGUUUGCCAACCUUACAGUACAGGACCGAGGUAUCUUGGAUCUUCGUACGAAAUAUGGGGAUGAAAGAGACAUUUGGAAUCUUGAGGUGAGGAGAGGAUCCCAUAAUGGACUAAUCACUGUAGAAGCUGGGGGUUUACUUAAAGCUAGAAACCUUAAAAUUGACACCGACAUUCUGAAAGUGGAAAAGCGUGGAGUAGUCUCGCUCUCCGGCCAAGGACUAACAGGAGGAGAUGGAGGAGGGUCGGUUGGCGGAGGCGGAAGUUUUGGAGGCCGUGGUGGAAAUGGCAAUAAUGGUGGCACAGCUGGACAUAUAUAUGGCAGUGCGUACAAUACUAAGUUAAUGUUUGGAAGCGGUGGUCAUGGUGCUUCUACCACGUACGGAACAGGAGGUGGAAUACUUGAUCUUGACAUUAGCAAAAUUCUACAAAUUGAGGGAGUAAUUGAAUCCAAUGGGAAAGCUGGUCAUUCUACAACUGUUGCUGGAGGAAGUGGGGGAUUUAUCCUGAUAAAUGCACGAGAUCUCGAGGGUUCAGGCAGUAUACAAGUUACAGGAGGAUCAGGUGCAACUAAUACCGGUGCUGGUGGGGGUGGCAGGAUAGCAAUAUACUACAAGAUAACUUUAUUCUGGUUUGGUCAGCUUGAUGCAAGAGGAGGUUCAGGCUCUGCAGGAGACGGUGGAGCAGGUACUAUUUACCUGAAGGAUAUGGUAGCCUACGCUCAGAAUGAAACACUGAUAAUCGACAACUUUGGCCGGACUAGUUCCACACUUGGGGUUACUGACCACUCCUAUGCAGGUUAUAACAAAGAAGGUGGAAGGACAUGGCUAGACGAUAGUGAACUAAAACAAAUGGAUACAAUCAAAAUCGUCAGAAACGCACAUUUGGCAAUACAUCCGAAUCUCAAGUCAAACAUAUUUGAUCUUAAAGCUUAUCGAUUUGAAGGAGAUACUACUGGAAGUUUGCAUGUUGGACCGGAACAACAAGUAAUUGUGCAGCAUCCUGAUGACCUUGAAUUUCUCGUCAAUGUUUAUGUGUACAAGGGAGGAACGCUGCUUUUACCAUCUGACUUUACUUGCUACAACAUAAAAAUGCACAUCUGGGGUACAAUUGGAGUGCAUGAUAUAACUGUCGGGGAAAAGUGUUCGCUAUACUUAGGAAAGGAAGGAACCACUAAACGCACAGGUGUAUUCCCAGAAAAAGGAGUAUUUGACUUCGAGGAAAUCACGGUAGCUGCCGGAGGUGAAAUUGCAUCAACAACAGAUAUAACAGGAGCAAAUGAUAUACUCAAUAUCAAGGCAGAUAAAUUUCGUGUAAAAGGCGGAGGAAGAGUCCAUGCUGUGAAAGUGAAUAUAGAAGCCGCCACACUUAUCGUGGAUGAUCUUGGAGAAAUAACAGGAGAUCUACAUGAUGUUCCGUGCAAUAUCCUAUACCGCGGGAAAGAUGGCACUGCAGGAUCUGGUGCUGGACACGGUGGGCGAGGUGGCGGCAACUCUGACAAUGUACUGACAGGUGCACCAUAUGGACACAUCUUCGAACCCACGACCCUUGGAUGUUCUGGCGGGAAAUCAUCAGUUUCUGGACGCGGUGGUCGUGGUGGUGGUACCAUCUAUCUCAACAUCACGAAAGAACUACAGAAUGACGGUGAAAUAAGUUGUAAUGGAGAAUCUGGUACCGGAGCUAGUGGUGGGGGAAGUGGAGGCUCAAUCUUUAUAGACGUCGCCAAUAUAAAGGGUUACGGUGAAUUUCAAGUGACUGGUGGAGAUGGUUCUAGCGCAAGUAGUAAACAAGGUUGCGGAGGAUCGGGAGGUCGCAUUGCAAUGUACUUUAACAGAAACUUCACAUUUUCUGGAUCCUGGGAUGCGUUCGGUGGUAACACGCCGAUACCAGAAUGUGAUGGUGCGUCGGGAACCGCCUUCUUCUAUCAUAAUGGUUACAAGCACUCCACACUUCUUAUAAACAACAUUGGGAGAGGUGUUGCCGGUGAGAAAGGUGUCAUCGCUGACUACUCCGACCUGUCCAAGGAUACAACACAUACGUGGUUUCUACCCCAUCAUGGAACAAGCAACAGAUUCCAAACAUCUACCAACAAAUACUACUUCGACGAACUACAAAUCUACGGUAACGCUCACUUAGCUGUACUUACCAACCCAGUAGGGUCAAACGCAACUAUUUACUUCGAAAACAUGAUUGGAGACCGUACAGGGGCUAUUCAUGUAGGAGCCAAUCAAGUCAUGGAUUUGAAACGACAGCGAAUUGAUCUUCCAUUCAAUGUCCACGUUUAUCCGGAUGGAUUCUUGGGUCUUGCACCUGAUACAUAUGUGCAAGAUAUUGAUAUUUUUCUCAACGGAACCCUUGCCUAUGUCGAAAAUUUGACGCUUCAUCACGAUGGAAACCUUUGGCUUUACAAGAAAGGGCAGACGAAUAACUUGCAGAGCAGUUUCUACGAGUUCAAAUUUGUUCAUGUCAAAACUGAUGGUUAUAUUCACAUGAUUACCGAUCCUGUUGAACAAAAGGGUAUUCACUUUACAACUAUUUCCACACAUAUAGACGGUGGAGGACUGAUUCGAGGAACACAUUUGUAUUUCAAAUCCUUGAAUAUCACAAUAGAUGCAGGUGGGCAUCUAAAUGCGGACUACCUUGGAUACAGGGUUGAAGAUAUCAACACUAACGAUUAUGGCAUUUAUGGACGGAUAAACCCAGGUCGUGGACAUACAGGUUCGGUGUCGGCAUCCGGGGCAGGACACGGUGGUAGCGGAGCAAGAGGGGAAGGUGAGACCAUGGGCGGCUCUCCAUAUGGUGAUAUUUACGAACCAACACUUUUUGGAUCAUCUGGAGGCGGUAAUGGUGGUGGUCGAGGUGGAGGACGAGUAUGGUUAAAUGUAACAAACACUAUUCAUAUUGACGGUAAAUUGACGGCAAAUGGUGCCGACGGCGUCACAGACCAAGGAAAAGUGGGCGGUGGCGGCAGCGGUGGGAGUAUCUGGCUCCAUACAAAUAGAGUAACCGGUUUUGGGUUAAUUCAGGCUCAAGGAGGUAAAGGUUCAUACUUUAAAAGUUCGAACACUGAGAAAUCCGGUGGUGGAGGAGCAGGCGGAAGAAUUGCAAUGUACUUCAAAAAGAACGUCACAUUUAGUGAAUUCCGUUACCUUGCUAACGGGGGUUGGCCAGGCAGAGAAUGCGAAACUUGCGAAGCCGGUGGUCCAGGCACUGCAUUUUUAUAUCAUAUGUUAGAAGAUCAUAGAACACUUAUUGUAGACAAUAAUGGAGCUCCCUCCCCAAGGGAUUUAUACGUUAACUGGAACAACAUUAAAAAUGACGGCGGACGUGCUUGGAUCUUACCAGUUUCCGGGAUUCAUGCCUUUGCGAUGGGAACGACUGGAGGAUACGCAUAUGAAUUUGAAGAACUGCAAAUUUAUGGAAACGCACAUUUAGCUGUGAAACCACCAACUGCAGAUAAUUUUAUUGUAGCAGAAACAGACGUAGAUAAUAGACAUUUGCAUGGGUCAGUAGAUGAAAAGAAUUACAAUGUCAUUAUUUUUUUCAAAUAUACGAUCGGUGAUCGUACCGGAUCCGUCCAUAUUGCAGCCAAACAAGCUAUGGAUCUGAUGACCGGUAUGGAGCGGGAAGAAAUGGACCUUCCCUACAACACAUAUACAUACAGAGGGUCAUACCUCGGUUUAGCACCCGUGACUUUCGUUCAUGGUGUUGAAAUACAUUUGAGUGGUAUAAUGGCUAAUGUCAAAAAUAUUACUCUUAGACUCGGAGGGUAUUUAUGGCUGAGGCACGGAGGUCGCACAGUCGAUGAGGUCGAAAGUACCUACAAAUAUGACUAUGUCAAAAUACAAGAUGACUCUUCUCUGAACGCAACUACCGAUCCAAUUGAUGAGGAGGGGAUUAAUUUCAUUCUUAAAGGACUAACAAUCGAAGGCGGUGGAAUAAUGCAUGGAACGUAUGUUACAGUUAAUGCAGAAAAUGUGACUGUAGAUGCUGGCGCGCUGUUAUCAGCAAACGGUCUAGGGUACAGAUUUGAGCAUGAUGAAGCCACACACGGUUCUAAAUCCGUACAUGGCAAGGUCAAUCCCGGAGCCCCAGAUCCGUGGAAAGGACAAGGUGGCGGUGCAGGACAUGGUGGAUCAGGAGGUAAAGAGGAAGGUACAACAGCACGAGCAGGAUUUGCUUACAGUGACAUCUACGAGCCGCAAAAUAUGGGAUCAUCCGGUGGAGCUGGUUCAAAUAAUCGUGCGGGUGGUAGCGGCGGUGGACGACUUUGGUUUAACGUAACAGAUACGAUUUUUAUCGAUGGAAUUAUCUCUGCAAACGGUGCAAAUGCUGUCUAUGAAGGAGCCGGCGGAGGAUCAGGCGGAUCCAUUUGGAUGCACUGUAAUAUCAUUCAGGGAUACGGUUUAAUCACUGCGCAUGGUGGGAAAGGGUCCACAUAUUCUCCUGAUACUGGCAGUGGUGGUGCAGGCGGAAGAGUGGCUGUGUAUUUUAACAUCAACGAAACUAUGUCGACCUUUCGAUAUCUUGCGUAUGGUGGACCUGCUGGCGGUGUACAUUCUGAGCACGGCGGUGCCGGUACAGUAUUUAUUUACAAUAAGUUCGAAAACCACACUACGCUCAUUUUGGACAACAACGGCCAGCAUCCAAGAAAUAAGUACACCAUCUGCCAUGAUUCUGCUAUAACUAGUGACUCCUGUCGAACGUGGAUAUUACCAGAGUCUGGUUACAAUGAAUUUGCUAACGGAAAAUUUAAAUUUCGUUUCAAUGAACUACAAAUUUACGGCGCCGCCCACAUGGCUGUAUUAUCAGAGCCGGUCGGCACCCCAGUCGACAUUUUCUUUCUGUACAUGAUAGGCGACAGAACAGGGACUAUGCAUAUUGGCGACGAACAAGAUAUGGAUUUGCACAGGCCGGAGAUUGACCUGGCGUUUAACGUUAAAGUAUAUCAGGGUGGUUUCCUUGGUCUUGCUCCAAAGACCAUAAUUCAUGGCGUUACAAUUUGGUUAUGUGGUGAAUUAGACCAUGUGGAAAAUCUGACCUUACAUCAUCAAGGUUAUCUGGCUUUGCAUAACGGUAGUUAUACCACUGGCAAUUCUCCUGAUAAUUAUACGUUCCAGUGGGUAAGAAUACAGGAUAAUGCAACAAUCAGCAUUCUAACUGACCCAGUAUAUCAUAUUCAGUCCAGUUUUACUGCGAUCAAUGACAUUUCUAUGGAGGGCGGAAGCUGGUUCUAUGGAACAAAUAUGAAAAUCAUUGCAGCAAAUAUUAUGUUGGACUUUGGGGCAACUAUUCAUGCAGACUCUCUCGGUUAUAGACCAGAGGAUCCGCAAACACCUAAAACCAACCGUGGCUUGGGAACUACAAGUUCAAGCGGUUCAUCUGGUGCAGGCCAUGGCGGUACAAGCGGAAAGGGUGCAGGUACAACGCUGACUGGUCAGCCUUAUGGCCAUCUUUUUCAACCUCAUGAAAUGGGCAGUGCUGGGGGAGGGGGGAGGAAUGUUGGCGGACAGGGUGGUGGAAUGCUCUAUAUUCAAGUAUCAGAUCGACUGAUGAUAGAUGGAGAAAUACGAGUAAACGGAGGUGACGGUAAAGCAAAUUCCGGAGGUGGUGGAUCCGGCGGUACAAUUAUAAUAGACACCUACAAUUUCAGAGGUAUGGGGAACAUAACAGCAAAUGGCGGAAGUCGAUACGCUGGUGGGACAGGUGGCGGAGGUGCAGGUGGUCGUAUCGCUAUCUAUUUCCGGAAAAAUGUGACAUACUGGGGUGAAUACCAGUGUCAUGGCGGAUAUUCAAUCGGAAAGGCUGAGUCCGGAGGGCCAGGUGUAGUCUUCAUCUACAAUGUAGAAAAGAACCAUAGCACACUUUACAUCAAUAACAGAAUGCGACAGACAACAGAGGAAGUCAACUUGAUCAGGGAUUACACAGACAUAUCUAGAGAUCGAUUCAAAGCAUGGAUAUUACCAGAUUCGUCAGAUCACUGGCUAGCUGGUGGAAACGACGACUAUAGAUUUAACGAGCUGCAGAUAUUCGGCAACGCCCAUCUGGCAUUGUUGCCUAAACCUUAUGAUGGUAGCUGUAAUUUACAUUUCUUACAUAUGAUAGGAGACCGAACCGGUUUCAUUCACGUUGGUCCCUACCAAGUGAUGGAUCUCAAAAGAUUCUUCCUGGAUACACCUUUCAGCUCCUAUGUUUACAAUGGAGGCUACCUGGGUCUAGCUACAGAGACCUUCCUAGAGAGCGUAUUUCUGCAUAUUGAAGGCACUGUUGAUCAUAUCCAUAAUCUCACGCUCAUGCAACGUGGCGCUUUAAAACUUUUCAAAACAGGAUCAACCAAUAGAAGAGCUCCACUCAAUUACGUUAUUAAAGGUCUGACAGUCAUAAAAGCAGAGUCGUAUAUUAACUGUUCCAGUCCGAAUGCAGAUAGAGACGCAUAUAACUUGAGGUUUGGCUGGGUAAUUGUUGAGGGUGGCGGUCUCAUAAAAGGUGGAAAUUUGAACAUUACGGCAACGGACUUCACUAUUGAUGAUGGCGGUUAUGUAGAUGUGAGCGAUGGAGGUCAUCUUCCAGGUCAAGGGCCGGCUGCUGGAACAUGGAGCAUUUUAGGAUCAAGCGGUGCUUCUCACGGUGGGAUCGGAGGUCGUGGCGGAUGUGGCGGCUAUAUCACGUGCAGACUCGAACGCAACUUGCCGUACGGUAACCUUUACAUGCCGAAUGAACAUGGGAGUGGUGGCGCAUUAGUUAACGGCGGAACUGGUGGAGGUAUCAUUCAUAUGCAUAUAGCCCACACACUAGCAGUAGAUGGUUAUAUCAAAGCAAACAGCAAGAACACAGUAAGCAGCAAUACAAAUGGGGCCAGCGGAGGGAGUGGAGGCAGUAUUACGAUACAGACACACAAUUUCACAGGAAGUCACACAGGUCAUAUACAAGCCAUUGGUGGUUCAGGGGAUGUUACAAAAGGUGGCGGAGGUGCUGGUGGCAGGAUAGCGUUGUAUCACUCUCGUCAUGUGACAAUUCCUCACUAUAGAGGUUACUUUGACUCGUUUGGAGGCAAGCCUGGUACCAAUGGUGAAGCUGGAGCUGCUGGUACUGUGUAUGUACAUGAUGGGGAAAGGUCAUAUAGUAUGCUACAGAUUGACAACAAUGGUCAGAGACAGAUUGCAGAAGAGACCGCCAUCUUGAAUGAAGGACACAGGAUAGAUCUCUCCUCUUCCCCUGGACAAUACAGCACUAGCAAAUCUUACACAACUAAACAUGGACAUGCUGUGUCAGUUAACCAAGAUAUAUAUACAUCUUACUAUCAUUCACACUUGUACAGACUGCAUCACCUGUUUGAUCAGACUGUUGGCUCUUCAUGGACGGACCACUUCAUGGCGAAUGCUGGAUCUGCUAGGAUCACCAUAACCUUAAAUCAGCAGAUGUAUAUCAACAAGAUAAAAGUUUAUCCGACUGUUGGACGUAGUACCAAGUUUAAGAUCACUGGAUACAAUAAGCUGUCAGGAGCCACUUUUGAUGUGACAAGUAACUAUAUUCUACCAAGCAACCAUGGAAUACAAGGAUCCUACAUAGACUUGCCAGUUGGGAAAGAAGCUGUCAAGUUUGAUUUUGAUCUUAUAGGAGUCUCAAACACACAUGUAGCUCUCAGUGAAAUAGAAAUCUUUGCAGAUCCAUCCCCAGAUGAACACAGGUAG